AGUUACGAGUUUGGAAUGAUGUGCUGUCCCUCUUGAGCCAAGCACUCGUCGAAAAUCGACCGCCUUAAGGAGAAGACUAUUCUCAGAGAUAUACGAAUAGUGGCAUCGGCACCGCCACAAGGCUAUGCUGCACAAGCGUAUAAACGUCGAGCGCUCGCCUCCUCGCGCAAGACUCGAGAGUCGAGACUCGAGAGCUACCUAUGCCUGAGAAGACACGACGCAGCUUCGCAGUCGCUUCACGCUUGGCGUGGGAUUUGUGACGAGUUCAGUCAGGUGACGCUCCCGAAUUGCGCGCCAACUUUGCAAUCUUAUUGAUCAACUGUUAUGUUAUCUAGUAACCGGUGUCUCUUUAAUAAGUGAAAAAACUCGAUUUUGAUUGAAUUUAUCGUUAUUCAUACUUGGUUGAAUUAGUAUUAAGGUUUCAUCCGUGCUACAAUCGGUCACUUUACCGCCUCGGCGUUCAAGCGAUGACUCACGCCGUUUUGUGAUGUCAAUAUUAUCUAUUCACACACGGCUACAGUAUUGAGUGUUGCUCUAUACGCCAGUCCUUCGGUAGCUUCUGCUUCUGCGUUGUUAUUGUUUUUAUUAUUAUCCUGCUAGUCUAGCCUAUAUGUCAUGGACGAAGAAACGUUAAACAGGUUAGCAGCGGAGGCUCUGCUCGAAGAAGCCAAAAACGGGGCGAGGAGGGCUGCUGUCAUGGGUCCAAGUGGCUGGAUCAAAAAGAAGGAGACUAUUAAUAAAAGGUUCCUACACUCUACUCUGAGAAAUGCCGUUAUAUCGAACAGACACAAAACCAAUAGCAGCAAGAUAAAAGAAAGCAGUCCUCCCAGAAAACCGCCGAAUAGUAAAAAAUAGAUCGAUAACCUCUUUCGCCUCUAUCUCUCGUAAACAAUGUUACAAAUCAUGAAAGUAUUAGGUAUUAAGAAAUUUACCUUAAGUCAAAAUAUUUAAUUGUAUCUAUACACUCGUCUAAGUAUAAUAAAUAUUGUUUUCUAUAAACGU